AUGUGUCAGUCUGAAGAUGCAGAGGCUACAGGUCCUGGGGUCAAGCUGGAGGGGUCUGAAGGAGAGGAGGACCCAUGGCACAGCAGAGACAUCCAGACUGGAGCAGCAUCUGGUGCGCCCCAUGUAGCCACGGAGAACCCCACCUCCCCUGUCCAGCCCAGGAUCCGACACUGCAUCACGGAGGUCAGUGGAAUGCCGAACUUCGCCCUCAAGUCAGAGACCAACACCAAGACAUUAACUGAAACACACAGGCUAUUACACACAGGAACUGACCACAGAUCAGACCCAGAGAGACUGGGGCCACUCAGCUGUCCUCCUGCUCCCGGUUCCGAAUACUUACCGGUAUUUCACCAGAGCCAGAAGACGGUUCAUUCCCGUGGAGAUGGUGAUGCGUUAGACACUGGUGUUGAUGAUCCGUCUUGUUCUUACUCUACAGAGAUGGACUCUGGCAACAUGCCCUUGUGUUUAGAGACACAGAAUGAUCUGUCUAGAGGGGGGUGGAACCGGUACACUAGUAGUGUACACUCUGAAGGGUGCCUAGAUAAGAAAGGGGAGGUUAUAGUCAUUGAUGAAGUGACUGUGAAAAUGGAGGGCGACAUUUCUCUCACAUGGAAUGCAGAUAGUCACCUAGGUGAUGGACACUCACAAGGCAGAGACUUCUUAGAUUACAGGGAAAGUCUAGAGACAAAUCCAAAUGUCGCGACCCACUCCCCUUUACACACACUCAAGGAUCGGGAUCCAGUGUCCACAUCAAUGGGGCCUUCUGAUUCACACAGCGUUUUCGAUCAGGUAUUGAACUCAAACGACAGCGCUAGAGCCCAGGCUCGGGAAGGGGGAGCAACAUCAGACAGUAGUAAAGAGAAACGGUUCCUCUGCAUGUUCUGUAACAAAGGCUUCAGCUGCCUCCAGAAGGUGGAGAUUCAUCAGAGGUUCCACACAGGGGUGAAACCCUUCAGCUGUAACCAGUGUCACAUGUGCUUCGCCCAGGCUGGUGACCUGAAGAGGCACCAGAGGGUCCACACAGGGGAGAAACCCUACAGCUGCCCCCAGUGUGAGAAGAGGUUCUCCCGCCUGGACAAACUGAAGAUGCACCUGAAGGUCCACACGGGAGAGAGGCCGUUCGCCUGUACACACUGCAGGAAGAGGUUCUCAGAGAGGAGCUACCUCAGGAUACACCAGCAGAAAAAACAUUCCACUCUAUAACAUGGAAAGUAACAUUGCACUCCAUAGCUUCUGAGGUUUAGAUCAAAUAUUGAAUUAAAGAUAAAUAUUAAUUUGUAUUGUCAGCAGAAAAGAUCCACAGAUGAAUUUGGAAUAACGAGAGUAACAGAUUUCAUUGUUGAAUAUUCCUGGGUAGAAUAUUGCAUCGAGACAUUGUGUGAUAUAUAAGGCAUAUAUAUAUACGCCUAAAAAGUCUGAUACAUAGUGUUUGUUCUGUGUAGGAUAUAUGUUCACAAAUGCCUAUUUGAUUACUUCCAUUAAACUAUUACAUUUUUAAAGUUCAUGCAUAUUUUUAGUUGAGAUGUGUAUGUGUGGUUUUCAUAUGGUGUAUUUAACACUUGUUUAUGUUUAAUAAACACAAAAUGGGACAUUUCA